CAAGUGGAUACGACCGAUGGCGGCGCGAUCGUACGUGGCCGAGCUCUCGGCGCUCUUCGCCGCCGACCCCGACAUCGAUGAGAUUGGCUUGAUCUACCUCGAGGACCCGGCCGAGGCCUUCGUGCUGAAGGACCACAAGCUCGGGAUUGCGCUCGACAUGCUGCCAGCGCUGCACCGCGAGGCGAAAGACGUCUUCUUCGCCGCACGCCGAUCCAACGACGUCGACCGGAUCCGCGAGGCGACACGCUGCAUGCUCCUCGUGUGCGCCGACUUUUACACGGCAUGGAACGCCCGGAAGCAGCUGCUUGUCCAAGGGCUCUUGUCGCUGCGUGACGAAAUCACCUUUAUCAACGUCGUGCUGAGCCACCACUCGAAGAGCAUCGACACAUGGGCGCACCGGCGCUGGGUUCUGGACCGACUUGUGGCGACGACGCCGCUCACAGCCUCGUUCUUGAGUGACGAGCUUGCGCUGUGUCUUCGCCUCACAGAGCAGUACCCGCGCAACUACCACGCAUGGUCCUACCGCUACCGCGUCUGCUGCCACUUGUCGCCCGCGGCCCUCGUGCAGGAGCUCGAUACGAACCGAGCGUGGUGUGAGCGCCACGUCGCCGACCAUUCGGGCUGGAACCACCGGCAGCUGCUGCUCGCGCGCCUCCUUCCGUCCGAAACGCUGCUUGAGGACGAGUUUGCUUUCCAUACGCCACUGCUGCGGCUCUUUCCGGGCCGAGAAGCGCUGUGGUGCCACCGCCGAGCGCUUCUACACGCCUUCCUCACGACCGCCCCGCGUCCGUGCGCCGCGGCCAUGGAAGCAUGGUGCGCGCGUGCAACGGUCUCUGCGGGCCACGUGCACCUGAGCGAUGCGCCGGCCGACGACGCGACCUUCGGUUUUGUGGCACGCGAGUUGCUUCUCGCGGUUCAGUUGCCAGAUGCUAACGGUCUUGAAACGCGGUACCUCAUUUACGCCCUCGAAGCCAUCAUGAUGGGCGAGUCAAUGUCGCCACAUGUGCGCGAGCUCCACGCGACGCUCUGCCAGACAUUGGCCGCCGCGGACCCGACGCACAGCAACCUGUGGCAAGCCAAGGCGACCACUUAGAUCUGAGUUUUGUCGUCGUGCUCCAACAUCGGACAACUUUAGCAGCAUACGAGCAUGUGAAUAUGGAGCAAACCGA